CUCUUUACUUUGCUAAUGGAUUGCGCUCUUAAAGAUGUUUUCGCAGAGACCAUGUUAUUUCUCUCAACUGUCGAGAUCCCAUCCGAUUUUGAAACUCGUUGAUAUUUAUGAUCGUCAGUCAUUUAUACGAUUAUAUAUUUUGGAUAAUUUGUAUGUCUGUAUUUUGAUGUACAUUUUGUUUUACGUAGCGCUAUGGUAUGCUAAUAAUAUAAUAAAACGAAUUGAAAAAUCAAAUCGGGAGAUGUCAACGACAAUCAUAGAGAAUAAAACAAAAUUGGACAGAUUGAUAUUGUUGAAAAACAAGAAGGCGGAAUUCGAGGAAGUAAUUGUAAAAACGACAGAUGCGCAAAACAUAACUGCAAAACAUUUAGAAGAUGAAAUGCAUAGACUUAGCACAGAAUUAAUCACGACAUCCAAUAAAAUUACUGGAUUGGAGAAAAUCAUUGAAAAAAUGGUUUUUAGUACAAACACUCAGAAAAAUUACUUACAUGCUCAGCCGGUACUAUCGCAACCCUCGAAGGUAAUUGUUCAAAAGAAUUUGAAGGAGCCACGAAUUCGUUCGAGAAAUUCAAGAUUCUCGAACCGUCAUUUCCACCGUCCGCACCACCGGAACCUCCGCCUCGGAAAUACGGGAUCUUUGUCAGUCGACCGCCUGGACGACCGUCGUCUGCAGCUGCACCUGCAACUCCACCGCCAAAAGUCGGAUUCAAAUAACAGCGCCUCUGCGGAAGCUUCCUCAGAAUCUAUCAAUCAAUAUCCUACCAAUAAAAUUUCUUUACGGUAUAAUAAUCAUGAUGGCGAUCGAAAAAGGCAUUCUAAAUGGCUAUUCAAGAUGCGCUCACGACAACCGUCUUAUUAUAACAUGCGCAAAAUUCACAUGGAUUCCUUAAAGAAUGUUACACCUUUCACUAGAUCACUAUUAGGACUAGCUACCAUCUUUCUUCGUGGAUAUUCGAUAUAAAGAUAUUUGGAUAAAUU